GUCACUGACUCACUGUCGGCCGUCGGCUGUCAAAAGUGGAAAUAUUGGAAAUUGGAUGACGCAUUUUCCAACAAAUCGGAACUUUUAAAACCGUUUUCAUUGAUCAUUUUCUGUGUUGUAGUAUUUUAGCUACGCCGUACGGCAUCAAAUUAAAGUUUCCGUUGGUCUUAUUCAACGAGCAGGUUUAAAUAUGGCUGCACAGCCCAUUUACAAUCCGAUGAUACCGUGCGUGCACCCGAUCCCCGGCGGGGUGUACCCCGGCCGCAUGAUCAGGAUACAGGGGAACACGCCACCAGGCGCGCAGAGAUUCGCGUUCAACCUGCAGUGCGGCCCGAAUACCGACCCUCGCGACGACAUCGCCCUCCACCUGAACUUCCGCUUCGUGGAGCAGUGCGUGGUGAGGAACCACCUGACCGCCAUGGACUGGGGCGCGGAGGAGAUAGACGGCGGCAUGCCGCUGCGGCGGGGCGAGCCGUUCGAGGCGCUCGUGCUGUGCGAGCCUCAGUCUAUGAAGGUGGCGCUAAACGGCAUGCACUUCUGCGAGUUCCUGCACCGCGUGCCCUUCCACAGGAUCUCCCACCUCACGGUGGACGGCGACGUCUCCAUACAGUUCAUUGGCUUCGAGGGGUCUGCGCCCGCGCAGCCCGCUUACAUGCCUGAGCCGGCACAAUACGCGUACGGCGCUCCGCCCCCCGCCUACGGAGCCCCCGGCUACGGCGCACCGCAAGGUUUCACGCCUGGCGUAACGCCCGGUUACACGACCACGUAUUCGCCCGUGCAGCAGCGCAGCGGGAUGGGCACCGGGGCGGCCGUGGGGCUCGGCGUGGGGGCUCUGGCGGCCGGGGGGCUCGCCGGGUACGCUCUGGGUGGCGGCUUCAGCAGCGACAGCCCGCCGCGGGAGGAGGUGAACGUGGUGUCUUUCUCGGAGAGCGGCGACUUCGGCGGCGACGACUGGGUGGAAUGAGACUGCGGCUACGUCCUCGACCUGCUGGUCUUGUUCGCAGUGCUGUUGGUCCUGCUUGGAGCUAAACUACUCGCGUUGUACGCUCUAGACUGGGGGGAGAGGUGUCAUUAGUUAUAAGUUUCACUUUUGUUAUUUUAUUUUUUAAACUAUAUAAAAAGUAUUAUGUAAAAUGUUUAAAAACAUCUAUACUAAUAUUGCUAAAGCUGAAGAGUUUGUUCGUCUGUUUGUUUGUUUGAACGCGCUAAUCUCAGAAACUACUGGUUCGUAUUGAAAAAUUCUAUAUUAUACUCUAUCGAGGAAGGCUUAAGGUUAUAUAACAUCACACUGCAAUUAUAUGGAGCAAAGAAAUAAUGGAAAAUGUGAAAAAAAAAAACGGCGAAAAUUAUUCAUUCUUAAGGGGUUUCAAUAAUGCCCAAAAUAGCUAUUCCACGCGGACGAAGUCGCGGGCACAGCUAGUUAUCUUAUAUUUCUGGCUUAGGUCCAUAUUAGUUCCAGUGAACUGAGGGGUUAGGGCAAGUUUUGACUCGAAGCGAGUCGAGCAAGUGAACGCGAAUUUGUAUUUGAUUAAAUCACCGUCACCUAGUGGUGAAACGAUGGCACUAAUGCAGUUUCCGCUCUGUAACGAGUAAUAUCGCAUAAAGUGUGUCAUAAAAAAGUUAUGCCAUGUUAGUUUGAGGCUUUAUAUGGACCAGUUUAGUCACCAGACUUUUUGGCGCCAAUUCAAACGCCAUUACCGUCAAUAGGUUAGCGGUGUUUUUUUUUUUUUUACUGAAAUUAUGAGUAGGUAGUACUUCAGUCAAUGAGGUAAGGGUAAAACAAUAAGGGUUUUAAUUCGUGAAAAUAUAUAUUUUUUGUUAAUAAACUUUAGAAGUUGUUAACCAAUUAUGUGCACAUUAUGUUGCAAUGAUGGUUGCAAUAAAUUCACCCAACGUAUUUGCACUUAUUUUGUAGGGACCGAGCAUCUAUUAGUAUUAAAUAUUAUCAAAAUCAAUGCUUAGAAAUUAAGAAAAGAUGUUGCUUAUUUAGCAAUGAUUAUGAAAGGCCUUAAAAGAUCUUGUAUUCAGGGCCAUUAAUAAAAUAUAGAAAAAAAUAUUGAAUGUGGAUUUCGCUGUCAUGCUAAUGUGAAUCGCUCUUAAUAUUGAAUGUUACUAAAUGUAUGCCUUGUUAACAAAGUAUAAUAUUUGUAUUAGUAGAUAUUACAUGUAGACAAAAUUAUAUUAUAAAAAUUAAAUUCGUUGUUUUAUGUAAAGUAGGUAUUUUAUAUGACCGCCCGCUUUGGAUGUGGUUAGAGAAGUUAUUAAAAUUAUAAAUUAAAAGUUAAUUGGCAUUGGCGAUAACAAUUUAAUUCCUUUAAAAAUAAAAUUAAAAUAAUGGCAGCAAUUUUUUUCUAUUUUAAUUUAGAAUGCGUCAAUUGUAUUUUGCUUUUUCAGUAAGAUUAACACGUGCUCAGUUCAUUAAUUUAAAAAGAUUUAAAAAAAAUGGAAUUUAUGCUUACAUUCGGUUGGCGGGAAAAUUAAUGGAGAUGGUUCUUUUUUUCAAAGCAUCGACCAAAUAUCACAGCCAUUUUAGCUUGACCACGAAAAAUAAAGUAGAUAAGCUUGUGAGUGAAGGCAUAUUCCGCUAAUAUUUUUCUUGUAAUGUAAAUAUGUAAAUUAUAUUUAUAAGUAUUGUUCAAACCGUGUAACAUGGCAAAAGCUAUCGCCGUUUCGCUUUUUGUUAUGACGUGAAACGAGACGGCGAUAGUUUCUCGCGCGAUAAAAACUUAUUUUCACUCUCGUCUCGACCAAUAUGUAACGUUUGCGAUUUUUCAAAUUGUUUUUAUUUGGCAAAAAUGCCUGUGCAAUGCCAUGGGGAAAUGACAGUGUUUCAUAUAAAUCGAUUCAGCCAACAAAACAAUGUAAUUUCAUUUUAUUUUUUAUCAUACUUAACUUGGUACAUAUGAUUUAUAAAAAAGAAGAAUAUGUUUAUAAAAAAAAUGGAGAAAGAGUUCACAUUAGUUCUAUUAAAAUACAUUUACAAUUUAAUACAAUUGAAGCUAUAUUAAAAUUAAAAUAAAUUUCAGGAUUUCAGUUUGUGAUUAAAUAUUAUAUUAAUUUAAAAAAGUUUAUCAGGCAAAUUGUUCCUUAGGUUAGAAAUUAUAACGGCAGCUUUAUAAUUAAAUAAAUUGAACGAUUUAAUACGUAUUAAAAGUUUCAUAGUUAGCAAAAUGUAAUAAUUAUCGCUGUCUCUUACUAUCAGUAUGAGUGAGACAAGAAUAGAUAUAAAAAUGUUGGUUUUUUGAGUGAAAUGAC